CCUCUAGCCAUGCGUCUAUGCCUAUAGCAUAUUUAGAGUUCGUUGGUAACCCUUGUAUAGAAAUAUUAUAUAGGAAUAGAUUUGAUACUACGUCACUAAGUCGUAGAGAUUUGGAAAUUGACACUUCAUUGCGGCACGACGACUCCCUUCGAUUAAAAUUCGUCGCAUUCAAUAGAACAUUUAAUAUCCAUCUUGAACCCAAUACAGAUUUAUUUCACCCUGAAGCCACACUUACUAUACAUCAUAGCAAUAAAACUAGCACUGUUACAAGGCUAUUGCCGCAAGAUUACAGACUAUAUAAAGGAGUCUUGCUGGACGUUGACUCCACUGAUAGAAGAUUAAGCGAAGAUAUU